UCCAAAACUGUAGACUAGUAUCCUAUAUAACCUAUAACAUUGCUUAAGGCCCGAUUCUCAUUUCACGUCUAAAAGCCGCACCGCUUUCUCUCUUCAAAUGACCCGAACUAUUUCCAUCUCGAUGUGGCGCUGGCGUGCCUAGAAAAAUAUGCGUAUCGCUAGCGAAUCUCUCCAUAUUUUAGCGCGCAUGCCGCGCCUCUACAUGCUAGGUUCACACCAAACGCGAAAAAUCGACAGCUUUUCCAACCUUCGCGGAGGACAAGAUUGACGCGCGUUCGCGGAAAUCGGGCCGCCCGAUUGGAGUCAUUCGUAUCACCUGCCGCGAGUUUGCGUGUAUAUACAUACUGCGUCGCGAAUGAUGCGGUGCGAAUGGAGCGUUUCGGGCGUUUUGCUGCUUCCUCGCGGGAAAGGAGAACGUCAUGCAGGUUUGGGAUGACAUGUGGACUGCAUGGUGGCCAUGGAGACGGAAAUAGGAACUAGGAAACCUGAUAAUGCAGAGGCGAUCCAUCCCCAGGUGAGGAUUCAAAAUACCUGAAGCAAAGUUUCUCUCACUCUUGUCUGGAAAGUCUGGAUGUGUCUCUGUCUGCAGCUCUUCUUCUGUCAGUAUGCACCUCCUUGUUCUUGUGCUCUGUGUUCUCAUGGAGCUCCUCAUGGUUAGCUGUCAGAAUGACAUGCAGGUCCGUAUAGUGGGUGGAUAUGCCCCUGCUCCUUACUCCAUCAAGUAUGUUGUGUCCAUUCAGAGUGCUACGGGCCAGCACUUCUGUGGAGGAACAUUAAUAAACAAGUACUGGGUGCUGACCGCAGCACACUGCAAUAUAGGAGCGGCAAACAUGAGGAUCGUGGCUGGAGAUCACUCCGUGGGUUCAUACGAGGGUACGGAACAGUUUCGCAGACCUCAUUUCUUAAUACCUCAUCCACAGUACAACAGAGACACCAACAAUGCAGACAUCAUGCUCAUUAAGCUUCAGUCUCCAGUCUAUAUAAACAGUUAUGUGUCUCUGGCUCCAUUACCUCGUCUGGACGCUAUGGUGGCAGUGGGACGGGUGUGCAGGGUGUCAGGUUGGGGCUUCACAAGCACGACAGGAGGAAUCCCGUUAACUCUGCGUACGGUCAUGCUGCCCAUAGUGUCCAAUUCAGUGUGUAACAGCACAGAUUCUUUCAACGGAAACAUCACUGAGAACAUGAUCUGUGCUGGAUACAGCUCAGGAGGAAAAGAUGCCUGCAAGGGGGACUCUGGUGGACCUCUGUUGUGUGAGGGUCGGCUCUAUGGUGUCGUGUCAUGGGGCAGCGGCUGUGGUGACCCUCAGUAUCCUGGCGUCUAUACUGCCGUCUCCAGGUUCAGGCAAUGGAUCGACAGAACUAUAUUUGGCUAUUACGGAAGGUGCCUCAAGUAUUAGACUGCAGUGUUAUAUCAGCACUUCCCUUAAUUGAACUUGACCAUGCCAACUUGUAAAUGAAUAUUGUUUUUAUUGUUUUGCCUUCUACUUACAUGUUAGGAUCUUUUUGUGUUUUACUACUUGGAUUUACUGUAUUUUAGACUGUAUUUUUGAAAGAGCGCAUUAUAUCCCCUGUUAGACUUUUUAUAAAGAAGUUUGUGUCUGUAAAUGUGCCAUGUUGUAGUUUCAAAGAGAUAUAGUUCCCGAAAACAAAAUCACAAAAAGUUUGAAUUCAAAUGUUACUUGUGAUAAUAUACAGUAUAUAUAUAUAAAUCAUAGACACCAUGAAUGUGUCACACAUGAGUGUAGUAAAACCAGAUUCCAUUCCUUAAAGAGAAUUUAUUUACUCACCCUCAUGUCAUUCAAAACCUAUAUGACUGACUUUCUUCUGCAGAACACAAAAGACAAUGAUUUGAAGAAUGUUGGAAACUAAACAACACUGGCCCCCAUUGACUUCAAUUGUAUGAACACAAAACCACUGAGACAUUCUCAAAAUAUCUUCUUAUGCGUUCCGCAGAAUGAAGAGUCAUACAGGUUUGAAUGAGAUGAGGGUGAAAAAAUGACAUAAUUUUUAUUUUGG